UGCACCGCGACCGCCGGGCAGAGCGCACGUUACGGUCGCUUCCAAUUUCGAACUCGAUACGAACGAAUCAUGUGGACGAGUUUUUAAUAAAAAAAAUAUUGUGUUUUUUUUAAAUAGAGUGUUGUGUUUUUGACAAUGGCGGUGUAUUUUGGUGUCUUGUUGUGCGUAGUGGGGGUGUUAGGGUUCAAUGUGGACAUACCGUCCAGGGUGGUUUAUAAGGGUAGCGCUGACUCUAUGUUUGGAUUCACAGUGCAGGCGCAUGUUGAUAAAGGCCAGAAAAUGAUCCUGGUGGGCGCGCCAGAAGCGGACUCGCAGUACCUGUCAGCGAACAGGAAACCUGGCGCGGUGUACCGCUGCGAGGCUGGCCAGAGGGGGUACGAGCGAGACACGCCCCUCGACCAUUGCCAGGAGAUGUGGUUCGACAAGAAGAGAGGCAACAGUCGGGAUAAGCAGCAGAACCCGAUCGACGAGAAGUCGAAUCAGUGGUUCGGGGCUACCCUCAGCAGCACAGGGAAAAAUGGGCCCAUUGUGGCCUGUGCCCCUCGCUACGUCUCGUUUGUGAACCACCGACUGCAGCACCGCGACCCGGUGGGCGCCUGCUUCGUCGCUUCGUCCUCAGACGGAAAUGAUGUAAAAGAGUUCUCUCCUUGUCGCACCCAUUUCAAAACCGUGGACGAGGCGAGCCAUGGGAACAGGAAGACAGGAGUGUGCCAGGCUGGAUUCUCUGCUGCUAUUUCUAAGGAUGUCAACGGAUUCGAGCGUUUAUUCAUGGGAGCACCCGGCAGCUGGUAUUGGCAAGGGCGAACAAUAUCAAUAGAUCCUACCGAGCCAUUCAACAGCUACUAUAUGAAAAUACCGGAGGAAGGUCAGAUAUACUCCCAGAGCGUUGCCUCGAACCCCAUCCUGAUUGCCACUCCAGAAGCCAACCCUAAGUAUGACGACUCGUACAUGGGUUAUUCAGUGGCUGUGGGAGACUUCGCUGGCACUAAACAGCAAGGAGUCGCUGUUGGGAUGCCGAGGGGAGCUGGGCUGAAGGGCCUGGUGGUUCUCUAUACCUGGGACCUGCAGAAUAUCCAGAACAUCAGUGGCUCUCAGAUUGGCGCCUACUUCGGCUACAGCCUGGCGUCUGGCGACAUCGAUGGCGACGGCCAAGAUGACGUCAUUGUUGGCUCGCCCAUGUUCAGCAAACCUAAGAGCGACGGCUUCGAACAUGGAAGGAUCUACGUCAUUUACCAGGGGAAAGAUAGGUCAUUUUCGAAAAGCCAUUGGAUCACUGGAGAGGUAUCCAGGGGUCGAUUCGGUUUGUCCGUCGCAUCGCUGGGAGACAUCAAUUACGACGGUUUUGGAGAUAUCGCAGUAGGAGCUCCAUACAGCGGCGAACACGGUCGCGGCGUCGUCUACAUUUUCCAAGGCAGCGAGACCGGUAUCAGGGACAAGUACUCCCAAGCCAUCAAGGCAGAAGACAUAUCUCCUUCCUUGACUACCUUCGGCUUCUCUUUGUCUGGAGGCGUCGAUUUGGAUGAUAAUAGUUACAAUGACUUGGCUGUUGGUGCUUAUAAAUCGGACAGUGUUGUAUUUUUGAAGUCUCGACCAGUAGUAAAAGUGAUGGCCGAGGUGAAGUUUCAAGAGGACACUAAGUUGAUAUCAUUGACUGACAAACGCUGUACCACCAGGGACGGGACUAAAGCCGUCUGCUCCAAGCUCAUUUACUGCCUGCAGUACGGCGGUAUCAAUGUAGACCGACAAAUUGAAUUCAACGUGAGCUUGGACCUUGACUCGAGGAAGACGACGACCAAGAGGAUUUUGACCGAGCGACGGGAGUCCACCUACACGACCACCAUUGUACUCGUGCAAGGCGAGCAGAAGUGCGACAGCCUCACUGUCUAUUUGGAUGAGGAGAUCCGCGAUAAGCUAACCCCGAUCGAAGUGAAGAUGACUUACAACCUGAUGAGCCAGCCACACGGUGACAUCGUGCCGCCGGUCCUGGACCAGACGCAGAGCGUUCAGGCCGCCGACUCCCUGAAUAUACAGAAGAACUGUGGCCCGGAUAACGUGUGCAUACCUGAUCUGCAUAUGCAGGUUUCCUCGCCGAUAAGAGAAUACACCCUCGGCUCCGGAGAGAACAUCAAUCUCGAUGUGACAGUCGCGAACAGCGGCGAGGACGCCUUUGAAGCGGCAUACUACCUAAAGAUCCCUGCUGGAGUUACCUUCGCUAAGAUGGAGAGGCUCGAUAAAGACAGUGAAGUCGGUCAAGCCAACAUUUACUGCUCGGUCAUUGGUGGGAAGGACGUUAGUCUGAAUACCACUUUGAAGUGUGAUCUGGGCAAUCCUAUGUCUAGAGAUGAAAAGAUCCGUUUCCGCGUAGUCCUCGAAGUGGACACCACGGUUUCCAGCAUGAUGUUCGAUAUGGAGACCAACUCCACGAAUCCUGAGCAAAACACCAAUUACGACAACGUGCAGCAUCUCUCCAUUGGUGUGGUGGUUAAGGCUAUGCUGUCAGUCAUUGGUACCUCCGACCCUCCUGAGCUCCACUACAACGCCUCCCUCUACGAGUUGGAGAACUUCAACGACGAGACCAAGCUCGGCCCUCAGGUCAUUCACAAGUACCAGAUCAAGAACGAGGGACCCUUCACCGCCGACGAGACCGAAUUUUACAUCAUGUGGCCGUACCAGACUCUUACUGAGGAGAACCUGAUGUACAUGCUGGUACAGCCACAGCCGCUGGGCAACGUGCGGUGCGACGUAGCCCGUAAUGUCAACCCGGCCAACCUCAUCGUGUCCUCGCCCUACGUGUCUUGGCUCAACAAGGAGAAGGAAGCAAUGGAAAGCAGUGAAUUCGCAUCCAUAUACAGAGAAUACAUAGCUCAGAAUUCCCGCGACUGGUAUGAACAAAGAUAUUACUCCGGCAGCCAAGCUGGUCAGGUCAUCGGAGAAGCAGGUAGACAGUAUGGUCAAUCAGGUGGAAGCUACAGCCAAUCCGGAGGCAACUACAGACAGUCAGGCAGCAGCCAAUCGGGUAGUGGCUACAGGCAAAAUGGUGGUUCCAGCUUCUCUGGCGGUUCCUACGACAGAAACUCCAUCCUAGCCCAAGAGGAAGCAAGAAAAAGAAUGGAAGCUGAAUCUGUAGCUAGAGAACAGUUCAACAGCCUCUUCGGUGGAAAAUUUGACUACAAUCGCAAUCGUGAUGAAAUACCGAAAGAUUAUACCGUGACGAAAUAUUUGAAUAGGACAGUUGUGUAUGAUGACCAGAAUAGGAUAGUGUGGCAAGCGGAAACUAGCACCGAAUAUGGAGGGCUGAUUGGCCAAGAAGCUGGCGGUUCUUACCAUGCAUCUGGCAACCAAGGAUACUUCGGCCAGCAAGGUUCCCGAGGCGUCAUAACGCACAGUGGUUCCCAAGGAUCCUACCAAGGUGGUUCUGUACCGUUCGUGCAUCGAGACUUCGCGACUACGGAGACGGUGAACCGUGAUAUUAUCAACCGGGAUUCGGCGACAUACAGGGCUGGUCUGACGAGCGUUGGGGACAGUGAGGAUGAUAUUGGAGGCUUCGGAGCGCACGCAGCACAAGGAGCUAACGGCGAAUUCAGAAGCGGUGUAACAGGAGUAGGCUACGACAAUCGACAGUCAGCCAGCCAAGGAAGCCAAACCUUCGGUGGAAGACAAUCGGGCCAAAGCUACCAGGGCGGUUCGAGAUCCCAGGGCCAGGGUCACCAGGGCGGACAGUUCUCGCAGUCGGGAUCAAGCUCGAAGACUGGUGGAGGAUAUUCUUAUUCAAGCCAUUCCGAAUCAGGUUAUAGUGCACAAUCUGGAGGCAGCUAUGCAUCAGGACAAAGACAUGAAAGUGCCAGGAGAAAACGAGAGGAUCAGUUUCAGGUUGACAGUCAGCUGAGCGCCCUUCUGAAGAGCUGCAACGAGAAGUACAAGUGCGCAGUGGUCCACUGCGCUACCGGAAGGUUGCUCAAGGGACAAGAAGUCUGGGUUGCCCUGCGGACAAGACUCAACGCGAGUGUGCUCAAUGAGAUCUCAAAAGACCGUCCAGUGAAGCUCUCCUCCCUCGUGGCCGCGCACGUCACUCAGCUCCCAAUAGUGGGCUCACCGAAGCACACGCACUGGCACCAGGCUGAAGCCCAAACGCUAGUCACCCCACAGCUGGGCGCUGCUGAGAGCGGUUCCAUACCGUUAUGGGUGAUCAUUUUAGCUGCCGUUGUGGGUGCCUUAUUGUUGUUGCUGUUGAUCUUCGCUUUGUAUAAGUGCGGCUUCUUCAAGCGCAACCGUCCCUCAGACCACAACGAGCGCCAGCCCCUGAACGGUCGCGACGAGCACCUCUGAUACCCGCCUGCGGAGCCAGUUGCCUCCGCCACCACCGCCACCACCGCCAC